GCAGGGAUGAAUUAUGAGGGAUCCCAUAAGUUUGACAAAAUUCCAACUUGGAGAAUUUAUACCCACAAAAAUAUAACAAUUUAUAUAAUUAUAAAGUCAAAAACAAUAACAAGAGAACAAAACAGAAACACUAAGACAAUAAUAGGACUACAGAUCUUUAUAUAUCUCUCUCUAACAUUUCUGGGCAUUUACACUUAAAGAAUAUGGAGUAAAGAAAUAAGCUUCUUAUGGGUACAAAACAAAGAUUAAUUCUUUCAUCUUUCCAAAUAGCAUUAAUAAGAAUUCAGAUUAGAUUAUACUACUGUAGUAUGUCCCCUGAUGACAUUAAAAUGGAACAGAAGGAGCGAGUAUAAAGCAGCACAAUUUCUCGUGGAGAUUGAUUGACUAUAUAUAUUGCUAAAGAUUAAAACAUCCAUUUUGAGUAGGAGCUCUCAAACUGGCCCUCGUAUUCUAGGACAUUGUUGAUGAGUUAAUGACAUGUGUUCCACAGGCUGUUGGAAACAAAUGCUUGAGUGAGUGAACAUGGUUCCAAUAGACACUGCCAAAUCCCCACUACUUGAGCGCUCUGUCAUUAAGUCUGCAAAGAAAUUCGGAGAUGUCAACAAAGCUUUUACAAGGAAAAGAUUUCGGCGCAGCAAAAGCACCCCUUUUACCAAGUACAAUCCCUCAAAAGAGUCAAUUAUCAACAUUCAUAAUGAUGAUGAUCCAAAUCCUCCACCACCAUCGUGUAGCCCCAAUGAAAAACCUGUCCUUUUACAUGUGUUCCUAGCAUUGGCCUUGUACCUUAGUGCUGGAACUAUUUGCUUUGUCUUAGUUAGGGGUCAGCUCGAUGGAAAGAAAACAAAUGGUGUAGUUGAUGCCCUUUAUUUCUGUAUUGUCACAAUGACCACUGUUGGAUAUGGAGAUCUUGUCCCUGCUACCACUCUGGCCAAGCUGCUUGCCAGCUUGUUUGUUUUCAGCGGGGUGGCUGUUGUCGGUAUGAUUCUUAGUAGAGCAGCUGAAUACAUCGUUGAAAAGAAUGAAGCGCUUGUGGUCAAGGCUUUUCACCUUCAGGAGGAGGCCGUACCUUCUGCUGAGAUACUUGAAAUGGUGCCCGUGGAAACCAAUAGGACUAGAUACAAAUUUGUGAUGGCCUCGAUCCUUCUGUUAUCGCUUAUGACUGCAGGAACAUUGUUCUUAACCUUACACGAAGAAAUGGACCUGAUUGAUGCCUUCUAUUGUGUUUGUGCCACAGUCACCACUCUAGGUUAUGGGGAUGAGAGCUUUGCCUCAGCAAAGAGCCGACUUUUUGCUGUAUUUUGGAUAUUGUGCAGCACUAUGUGUCUAGCUCAGUUCUUUUUCUACCUUACUGAACUUUAUACAGAGAGGAGGCAGAAGACCUUUUUGGAUUGGGUUCUUAGCAGGAAGCUUACACUAGCUGAUAUUGAGGAAGCUGACCUUGAUAAUGAUAACGUCGUGAGUGCUGCAGAGUUCGUUAUAAUGAAGCUAAAAGAGAUGGAGAAGAUCACUGCUGAAGAUGUCACCGUUUUGAUGGAGUGUUUCAGGAAUUUAGAUGUGGAUGAUUCAGGAACCCUGACUACAGCUGAUAUAAUAAAUUCAGGCUAAUCUACAUGCAGGGUAUGAAAACAGAAUAUAUUCACAAGAGAAAUCUUUCUUGCAUAUCCAUACUUGUGGGAAAAGGUAGCAUCUUCGAAACAAUCAAUACUUUUGGAAACUAGUUUAUAUCUGUAUUUCUGCUGUCUGCAAGAUUUCUGAAGCUUUUAUAUACAUGAUAGACACCAGUAAUUAUCUACUUAGUGUAUGGUUGCCUUCUUUGCCAAUUGCCAUUCUUACCUAAUGGCUCGGUUUUUUUUUUUUUUUUUACACAUAACUCCAGGGCUGGCAAGCUAGUAGCCUGGUGUCAAUGUUAUAUUCGACGUUUGGCUUUGUUAUGCAUACGAUGACUAGUUGCAAACAGGCAACUCAUAUCCUGAAUAUAAUCAAAAUUAAAAUUUUACAAUCAAGCCAAUUCAAGGGUUCUCAUUCUUCUAACUUCUACAACUACA